AUCUCAGCCGAAAUACAUGUGAUGCGCACAACAACAGCAACAGCUGACCACCCCGGAUCAAUCCCACACAGCCCACCGUCCUUUCCUCAGCCUCGGUCCCACGGCCUGAUGCUGAUUGUCGCCCUCGUGUCCCCCUUUCGUCGCAGUGUGGCAAUUAUCGCCGUGUGCUUCUGAUCCGGCACAUCCAUUCAUCCGCCACGGCCGCCCACCCCACCCGACGAGAUACAGGCGGUCAUCCCCACCUUCGCCAUCCUUCUCUUACAUCGGCUUCUCCCUAUCUUCGGCCUUCUCCGAUUCCCUCUUCACUGGCGCAAGCUGUUAUCAGCUGGCUUUCGUAUAUGACCGUCGGAUCCGUCCGAAAAUGGGGUGCUGAUAAUAUAUGCUCACGUCGGACAUGCGCGAUGAUAAGAUCGACCGGUCUCCAAAAUCCACCCUAUAUAAGCCGUCUCCUUCCUUCCCUCGUUCAUCAACAAGAACACAAGCUCAAAGCACAAAGAUGACAGUCACCAUUGCCCGCAGAAAGAUCCUCGGUAUAGGCUACCCCAGAUUCGCCAUCCCUGAAUGGCAAGCCCUCGCCGAGGCUUACGAUAUCCACUAUUUUGUUCCCGAUGAGCGAGAGCAGGUUGUCAGUGAGGUCAAGAGGCUUUGUGACCAGGAGGGGCCGUUCGAUGCUGCCUACGUUUUGUUCGGUACGGCAGCAUACUCGCCUUUCCACCCCGACAUGUUGAGCCCACUGUUCGAUAAGCCCGGACACUGUGGUCUCUUUGCCCAAGGCGGUGCUGGAUACGACGACGUCGACCACCCCUACCUCGCCGCCAACGGCUGCUAUCUUUCCAACACCCCACGUGCCGUGACCGAAGCCACCGCCGACAUGGCCAUCCUUCUCAUGCUCUCCGCUGUCCGUGGACUGUACGAGAGUGAGCUUAAUGCGCGUGCAGGCAGGUGGAGGAAGGACCUGGCGUUGAGUGAUGAUCCGACAGAGAUGACUAUUGGCAUCAUUGGGCUCGGAGCGAUAGGAAAAAGCAUGGCGAGAAAGACAAAGCCGUGGGAUAUGAAGAUCCUCUACCACAACCGUAAACCUCUUCCCAAAGAAGAGGAAGAGGCCCUCGGCGCUACUUAUGUCUCCCUCGACACCCUUCUCGCUCAAUCCGACAUCAUCUCCACCAAUUGUCCCCUCACGCCCGACACCCGCGGUAUCCUUUCGGACAAGGAAUUCGAAAAGAUGAAGGACGGUGUCUUUAUCGUCAACACUGCUCGCGGUGCGGUUAUAGACGAGCCAGCUCUCAUCCGCGCCCUCGAAUCUGGCAAAGUCAAACGCGCCGGCCUCGACGUGCUCACCACCGAACCAUGCGUCUCUUCACCGCUGUACAGCAUGAAGAAUGUCACGCUCCAGCCGCAUGUAGGGGCCUUCACAAAGGGCACGAUCCUGAGAGGAGAGAGGGAAGUGUUUGCGAAUGUCAAACAGUACAUGGAAACGGGUGUGCCGGUCAAUCCUGUCAACAAACCUGUCAAGAUCCACAAGUCUUCCUAGUCUUCUACCACAUACUCGCAAAUAUACACAAAUGCA